AAAUAUAAUAUUUACAGUAUUUUUCUAGUAAAAUGUAACUAUUGAAGACGUGAGUGAAUAGUUUGGUGUGAGGUGCUAACGAACACGUCUUGGUCCACGCGGUGCUCUCUGGCCUUCCUUCUCUCUCUUACCGCCACGUCGCCACCAUGACCAGCAAGGUGACACGUGAAACACUCUAUGAGUGUGUGAAUGCAGUCCUGCAAGGAUCGAAAACUAAGAAGCGCCGCUUCAGGGAAAGUGUUGAACUUCAGAUUGGUCUCAAGAACUAUGACCCCCAAAAGGACAAGCGUUUCAGUGGCACUGUUAAGUUGAAGCACAUUCCUAAGCCCAAAAUGAAGGUGUGCGUUCUUGGUGACCAGAUGCACAUUGAUGAAGCAAAGGAAAAUAACCUGCCUUGUAUGUCUGCUGAUGACCUCAAGAAGCUUAACAAGGAUAAGAAACUUGUCAAGAAACUAGCAAAGAAGUACGAUGCAUUCAUCGCAUCUGAUGCCCUGAUCAAACAGAUCCCACGUCUGGUAGGUCCUGGCCUAAACAAGGCUGGCAAAUUCCCUACCAUGUGCACCCACUCUGAGAAGUUGUGUGAUAAGGUAGAUGAAAUCAAAGCCACCAUCAAGUUCCAGAUGAAGAAGGUGUUGUGCCUCUCUGUCUGCAUUGGGCAUGUGACAAUGAGUGCCGAUGAAUUGGUGCAGAAUAUUUACCUUGCAAUGAACUUCUUGGUGUCUCUCCUUAAGAAGCAUUGGCAGAAUGUUCGUUCGCUUCACCUCAAAUCCACAAUGGGUAAACCACAGCAACUGUAUUAAAUAAAUCCUACUCUGGUG